AUGGAAGAAACGCUGAAACAGGCCAGAAAGGCCUGUGAGGCAUGGAAACGGGAAGCUGAUGAUCAGCGACUUCGCGCUCAGCUGGCUGAGUUCGAGAAAUCGCAGGCAAUUAAGGAACGAGAUUCAGCUCUCACGCAACUUGCUUACGUACAACUGGAAAUGCAAAUGAUGCAGCUAGGCAACGUUUCUUCUGGCGGCAUCGACUUCAUGAACCACUAUCAGCUUGAACAACUCAAGCGAAAACUGUACUCAGAGAUAGAUAAGAUUGAAAAGCAGCUGCAGCAGAAUUCUGGCCCAAUGUGUGCUCGUUGUGGUCGACAUGUUAACGACAAGAUGUCCACCAAUGCUUGCAGUGUAUGCUGUCCAGGUGGCAAGACGAACGGUCAUUUUACGGCCGUUUCUUAA